AUGCCUGCUCGCUCGAGCACCGUCAUGAAGCUCGCCUCAGGCUCCUUGCGCCAGCAGUCUUCUCCAGCUGUGCGAGCAUACUCGAAGUCUACAGGAUCAAAAGUCACCACGGCUCGCAUCGCCGCGCGUGAAAGUGCUUCUCAUCGUGCUGCUCGCAAUGGUGCUCGAUACACCACAGCAGCCGCGGCUGUCGCUGCCGUAGCGCUCACCACCUGGUACUCCGCCUCUUCACCAGUCCACAAUGACGCAUCCGCACAAUCUGUAGCCACCAACGACGACAUCACACCGACCACCAUGUCGCAACAAGAUCAGAUGCGUCAACGUGCACAGCUGCAGGGUGUAUACGCAUGGGGCUCCAAUAGAUACAACGUCGUCGCGCCAGACGCACCGCAGGUCACCCUCAUCCGUUCGCCAAGGUCCAUUCCCUUUUUUGACGGUGUUGCGCUACGAGACAUCACUCUUCAAGAAAAGCACGGCGUCGCCGUCGAUGCCAACGGUGACGUCUAUCAGUGGGGCCUGGGCUUCUUUGACCCUUCCGUGCGCGAGAUGACUGCGGUCGAGGACGUUCCUCUUGGACGCCGUCGCGAGAAGUCGGGCGCCAAUCUCAGCGCUCCCCUCGGUAGCACCGCAAGCCUUGUCCUCAACCCCGUCAAAACUCUCACCGGCAAAAACAUCAUCAAGGUCGAAGCCACAGAAGAGAAGAUCUUUGCGCUUUCGAAAGACGGUCACGUUUACGUCUUUUCGUCAGUACAGCAGCUUCAGGCAAAGCCAAAAUACCCCGGUUGGUCGCCUAAUCCUCUCAAGCUGUUCAAUGCCUUUGCGAGCGCCACAAUCGAUCACGAAGUGUUGCACCCAGCCCCUUCUGCUCACUGGGGUAGCACGGAAAAAGUGCACGACAUCAUCGCAGGAAACCACCACUUGCUGACCAUCUCCAACAAAGGCCGCACAUUUGCGACACCCAUCGGCGAAGAGGGCAACGCCUUCGGGCAGCUCGGCACCCGCCGAGUAUGGCUCAACUCGCCCAAGACUCCAGACAGCAAGCCUGGCCACAUCGAGACACUGCUCGAGCCGCGCGUCUUUGCCGAGCUCGAGGAGAACCACGGUGGACGACCUGUCGCCACGCUGGUUCCUUCCGGCUGGCUGCCAGCUCCCUCGUCCGAGACCAACCGAACCUCCAAACCCAAAGCCAGCUCGGAACCCGCGUUCGAGACCAGCACCGACCCAGCGCCGCCUCCCAAGCCACUCACCGAACCUUCUGGCAGCAUUCGAUGGUGCACCACCUUGCACGAGAUCCCCGCUCUCCGCAACAUCCACGUCGUCCAGGUCGCCGCCGGUAACGAGCACUCGUUGGCUCGCACUCACGACGGACGCGUGCUUGCAUGGGGUCGUCACACGCACGGCCAAUGCGGAUUGGGUCCCAGUUUCAGCAUGGAGUGCGUACCCGUCCCCACCGAGGUGGUGCUCAGUCGAUCCUUCCCCAACAGCUCGGUGGACGUACGCGCCACAUCGAUUGCUGCUGGCGCCGAUAAUUCCUUCUUCAUGACGACGCGUCGCGAACCUAGUGCAUUGGGCAAUGGGCUCAAGAUCGAUCUGCUUUCUUCGGGUAAAGGUCAGUGGGGUACGAUCGGCAACGCCAUGUGGAGUCAAGUGGUGUCGCAGCCUUCGCGCGUCAAGACAGUCUCGGGUUUGAUGGAAUUCUCAGAGGCGACGGGGCAGACGCAUCCGGUUCCAAUCCACAGCAUCAGCAUUGGCAAGCCGGGACACGCUGCGCUGGUACUCGACACGGUCGAAACCGCCGGCCACCUCGCAUUUGGCCGAGACGUCAUGGUGUGGGGCGCCAACGCUGGCUUCCAGCUCGGUCUGAGUAAGCGAUCCAACUUGGCAGUACCGCAACAUCUCAAGCCACUACCUCCUCUGACGACGACUGCAGGCGGCAGCAUCCUGUCGGAGCAAGACGGAAUCGUCGUGAGCGCGGCAAAGACGGCAGCAGUGGCAGCAGCUACCAUGCCGACUGUGGAUCCGAAGCUUCGAGAAGCGGACAUCAACUCGGGCGCGCUCACCCACAUGCCGCACAAUCGACUUCAGCUCGCAUCCAAGACGAAAACGGAUACACACUUGCCGCCAAACGUUUCUUCGAAGGAUCAGCUCGCGGCACCCGGUUCAGAAGCAGCGGCAACGCCGCAAGGCAAAGUCAAGAAGGGUUUGACCAUGGAAGAGAGCAUCAAGGCUGGUACUGUAUCGACUGUAGUAUAUUGGAAGAUCCUCGACUGA